AUGCAGUGUGCAAGCAGCAUUGACUAUAACCGACCACAUUGUUCGGCAAUACGGGUUCCUGUGUCGAAGGCGAAGUAUCGGAACAUGGGCGCGCUGCUUGAUGAACUUAGUGGAAAAGUGCCACUUUAUUUUGGAGUAAGAAAGGUAUUUACUCCGAGUGGUCACACGGAAGUCCGCAGUAUAGAUCAAUUAGAAAAUCAGGGAAGGUUAGUUCAUUUGAUUACUGGUGGGGAAAAUAUUUGGGCACAAGUCUAA